AUGUUUCGUGGGGUCACAACUAGCGCACCUUUCCUCGACGGCGAGACCAUGAUUCUGUCUGGCAAUUCUCAGCUCAAGCUAGUGAUUUAUCCUAUCCAGUGGUCCGAGUCUUCGUCAGCCCUACAGCUCAUAAAUUGGGUGGCGGAAGUCGAUGGAUUGAGUGAUGCGGGUGAGAUCAAUUACGGUGCUAAGAUUGAUGACGCAGAGCAAGUUCUGAAACACUUCGUGCGAUUUGAUCUGCCAUUUCUGAACCACGCCCAGCUCAUCAAAUCCACUCGGCACAUAUUUGUAUGGCCCAUGGUCGAUUGUGAUCCACUGGCCUCUUGGGUACAAGGCCGGGUGGCUCUGUUGGGAGAUGCAGCACAUCCCAUGUAUCCCAUUGGCUCUAAUGGAGGGUCCACAGCAAUCCAGGAUGCGGCUGCCAUAGCAGAGCUGCUUUCCACGGCCGGGUCUGAUGGACCAGGAAUCGAAGCAGCUUUGGUUGAAUACCAGCAGCAACGGCUGCCUGUGGUAAGCGACGUGCAACACGCCUGCAGACUCAUGCUCCCAGAAAAGGUCAUGGAUGAAGUUGAGCAUCGGGUGGCGCGCGGCACCACCAUCCCUGCCCGUUACGGUGAGAAUCUUCAAAUCGCGCUGCGUCUGGCGCAGAAGGGGCGUACAUAG